AGGGCCUUUUUAUUUUUUUAUUUUAAAUUAAUUUAUAAAAAUUAAGAUAUUUACUUGUCGAUCCAAUUAUCACAGUUCUAAAUUGAAUAAAAAAAAUCAAGCAUUUUAAUAUUUCGCAAAACGAAAUAAGAUCUCUGUCGAACUCUCUCGAAGGAAAUUGAAUGGAGCGGUUGAAGAGGGCGGUCGCCCAAAUCGCCGCCACCACGGACAGCCGCCUCCGGGAGCUCCCGCUCCUCCACCGUUCCCUUCUGCUCCCUCUCCUCUCCCUCGCCUCCUCCCUCUACCGCCAUUCCCUCGCCCUCCGUCGCCGCGUCUACGCUCUCGGACUCCUCUCCCGGCAAAGGUUGCCGGUGCCGGUGAUCAGCGUUGGCAAUCUGACGUGGGGCGGCAACGGGAAGACUCCUAUGGUGGAAUUUAUUGCCCGGAACUUUUUGGAAGCCGGGAUCUCGCCGCUCAUCCUAACCAGGGGCUAUGCAGGAGGUGAUGAAGUUAAAAUGAUUCAGAGACACCUUGCAGGGACACCUACUAGGAUCGGUGUAGGUGCUAAUAGGAGUGCAACUGCAGCUUCUAUAUUCAGACAACAUGGUUACAUGAAGUUCAAUAGCACAUUGUUUGCAGAACAACUAUCAAGUACUCAGCAUUUGAGACUUGCAUCUGGAAAUGACAAAGUGGCUGUUGCAAUUUUGGAUGAUGGAAUGCAGCAUUGGAGCUUGUCGCGUGAUGUGGAAAUGGUAAUGAUAAAUGGCUUGAUACCAUGGGGAAACAACCAUCUGCUGCCUCGCGGAUCCCUGAGAGAACCAUUGGAUGCACUUUGUAGAGCAGACAUCACUGUGAUUCACCAUGCAGAUUUGUUAUCUGAAGGGAAGCUCAAAAUGAUAGAGACAAAGAUUCGGAUCAUCAAUCCAUGUUCUACGAUAUUCUUUAGUAGAUUGGCACCAUCUCACUUUUUUGAAGUGAAGAAUCAGCAUUCCAUAUUGCCGUUAGGUCUGGUGCUUAACAGGACUGUGUUAUGCGUUUCUGGAAUUGGUUCCCCAUGUGCUUUUGCCCAAGCAGUUGGUAAGAUCGGGCCAUCAUAUGUUGAUAGAUUAGAUUUUGAUGAUCAUCACUCCAUCCAAUUUCAUGAUAUCAAGUUGAUCAAAGAGAGACUAGAGGAGCUCGCGAAUAGAUUCAAAGAAAAAAUUAUUGUAGUGGUGACUGAAAAGGACUAUGAUCGAGAUCCACUUAUUCUAACGGAGCUACAUGAUUUUGAUGUCCUGGUCCUCUGUUGUUCUCUCCACAUCAUGACAACGAAGGGACAGUCAGAGGAGAGCUUCAAGAUAAAGCUCAAGGAGCUGCUAAUAUCAAAGCAUGGAGGAUAAACCAUGUUUUCCAAAUUAUCAUUCUUUUCUCGUUAAGCCUCAGCUUACUUGGUCUAAGGAGCGCCAUUCCCCAUGUUGUGAAAGACAAACUCUGAUUACGAUUACAGAUCUUUGUUUGUGCUCA